UUCUAGCAUUUCAAGUGUGGUUCUGCACGCUUAGAACUAUCGCGCCUUGUAGAAGCUGGAGAUCUUAAGUUUUCCAUCUGUCCUUGAUGCAAUAAAAUGGAUUUUCUGUAGAAUAUCGAACUAUAUUGGUCGUGAUUCAAGUAGGAACUGUGGUGGCACACAUUGUGUUGUUGAGAUUUCAGUUCAGGAAUAUCUGUAGAAUCUUAAGAACGUGUAUGACUCGUGAUCUAGAUAAUCUUUACGUCCUAAUUCUGUGAUUUGAUAAUUAACUUUGACUUGGUUUAUAUUUUAUUGUGGUUUCUGCGAGUUGAAAUCCUACCAUUACAACCCACCUGAAUGAAGCCUCAAGAAGAUUCAAUAUUUUAUGGUUUGGAAUAGUAGGUUCCAAUCUGUGCCCUGUUGGUACAAAACAUGAGGGUUAAACUGCAGUAGGAAGGUGUUAGCCUUAGGUGACCUACAAGUGUUGGAUCUGUUCGUUCAGAGUUUUAUUGUUCAAUAUGUUAAACAUAUCACGUGUAUGGAUCUCAGCUGCUUAAAUCUUUCUGUUAGCUGCAUAUUCUAAAUAAUAUCUGUAGAGUUCCUGUAGCAACUGUUUUCUUGCAAGCAAAAGGAGUUCGUAAAAUGUGGAGUUUUACACUUUUACCUAUAAAAAAACUGGCACAAGUAUAAAAGUGCUAAUUGAACCCAUAUAUAUAUAUAUUUUUCCCAUUAUAUUUUUGCAAGAUUGCAGGAAGGAUACUUUGAUUUUAGUUGAUGAGCAUCUUUAAUCAGUUCAAGAAACAGGACAGAUACUGGACAUGCUGAUUAUAAUGCUGUCCAUUUCUCAUAUGGGAGUUCUGCUGGUUCAGACGAUCCAAAUACUUUGAGCUCGUAUUAUCGCCCAUCAUUUCAUGUGCCAGAAAGCUUGUUGAAUAAGCUGUUGAUCCAGCAAUAAUUGUCCAAGGUGCAUUUGUUCUUCUAAGGAUUAAGUGCCUAUUUCAGAUGGUUGGAGCAGAGAUGAGGUUCCUACUAGUGAUGCACAUUGUUUCCUUGCAAUGCAUCUUGACGUAAGGAACAGGCAGCCUCCUUCUGAGAAGGUGCAUCAGAUAAUUGCAAGAACAGCUUUAUUUGUCAGUGAGCAUGGGGGACAGUCAGAGAUUGUGUUAAGGAUUAAGCAGGGAAGUAAUCCAACAUUUGGAUUCUUGAUGCCUGAUCAUCAUCUCCACAGCUACUUCCGGUACCUUGUUGAUCAUCCUCAACUGCUGAAAGAUAGUGCAGAUGCUGUUGACAGAAACAAAGGCAACAGAACUGUCAACAAUGAAAGUGAGCAUGCCUCAACUAGCGGGGCUUUAUCAUUGCUUGGGACCGCGUAUGACUCAGGAGAUGAGGAUGAAGGCACUCUUUCGGCUAGUUCAAAAGGCAUAGAUCCUGGAAGUAACACAUCCCCUGAUGUGCAGGGCCAUGGAAAAUCUUCAUCCAGUGUAUGUGAUGAUAAAGUAGGGAAAGAUGGGACAGUGACAGCAGGUGCUACUGCUGUUAAGGGCAAACCGACUUUGGCAAAGAAGAAUCCAAUGCUUACUGGGAACAAUAUUGUUUCUGCUCAUCGGGAAAAGGUUAAACACACAAUUACAGCAUCAACUACUGACAAAUCAGAAAACUCCAAUUCAUGCUUGUCUGAAAUAAAAGAAAUGAUCCUGGAACCACCAUCUUUCUUGAAGCGCACAAUGGAGAAAAUAGUUGAGUUCAUUAUCACAAAUGGAAAGGAAUUUGAAGAAAAACUCAUAGAGCAAGACAGGACAACAGGGAGGUUUCCAUUUCUUCUGUCAUCAAAUCCAUAUUACACGUAUUAUCUCAAGAUUCUCCAGGAAACCCAAGAGUCCAAGUUUCGCGGCAGAAGUUCUGAGCGCAAGGACAGAAGUUCUUCCAUGUGCAAGGACAGAAGAAGCUCAUUGGAGCGGAAGGAUAGAAGAAGCUUGUUGGAGCACCAAGACAGCAGUCGUAGCAAGGAAGGAACCAUAAGCAAGGCAUGGCCAACUGCUGGCAUGGACUCCACUGUUUCUGAGAGAAGCUUAGCAAAGCCAUCAGAGAAGCAGCUGUAUGACCAGCAAGGCAAGGGUAAGUUCCAGAUGGUUGUUGGUGGGGUCAAGAAGGAACCUCCUCGGAAGGUCACUGCAGAUGAAGCUGCUGCUAUUGUAAUGGCAGCUACACGUGGACUGGGUCCUGCCAAUGACUCACGUAACACCCUAAAAAAAAUGAGAGACGAUGUUCACACCCGAGGGAGUAAUGAUCAUAGUUCCAGCUUUGGAAGUUUCUCAUCUUUACAGGACCAAGAUGCAAAGCCCGAACACACUUCAAAUAGUGAGGCAGAUACUUCACUUACAAGUAGUGGACAGCUAAAAAAGGAAGGUACUGGAAUUAUUGAUGAUGAUUGGAUCACAAACACUAUUGCAAAAGCUGCUGCUGUUGCGGCCUCCAAAGAGGCAGAUUCUUCUGAAGCUUCAAUGACGAAGGAGCAGAAGCUGAAAGCUGAGAGGCUUCGGCGUGCGAAGAUGUUUGCUGCAAUUAUUAAGAGUGGAGGCAACAAGAUGAACGAUUUGGCUAUAGGAACUGAUCCAACCAAUGAACCUACCAAGGCCUCUCCUGCUGAUAUGAAUGUCUCUUCACCUUAUCUGCAACCUGCGGCUAAGGAACGUGAAGAUAGCUCUGCGCCGUUUGAACAGGAAGGUUCAAUUGCAACAAAGCAGGAGAAAGACUCUGAUAAUGAACUGAACAGGGUGAGGAAGUACAGAAAGCAUCACCCAGAGUCCGAUGAGAAGGAUGAUUCAGAGGAAAGCUACAAGCACUUGAGGAAGAGGCACCGAUCAGAGCAUUCAAGAAGCCAUAGUAAGGAUGUACACAAGCAUAAGCAUAAGAGUCACUCCAGUGACCUGGAAUCCAGGCAUUAUAGGCGCCGACAUGGCUCUUCAGAAGAUGAACAUGAGCAUCGGAGUUCCAAGUCGAGGCAUCGGCAUAGGGACGACGAACAAUACUCUGAUGAUGACAAGCAUAGGAGGUCACGGAGGCACCGGAGGGAUCAUCGCUCCACGGAAAGGAAGCAUGAGUAUGACCGAGAUCAGAGUGAACAAACUCUAGGUCGCUCAGCAGCUUCCCCAAGCACAUCAAAUAUUAAGUUUGUAUCAGAGAGGCCUCCUGGUGACACCGCCCAAUCUUCAGAGGCGACAACUGAAGUGCCGAGUGAGCUGAGAGCAAAAAUCCGAGCGAUGUUAUUAGAGACACUGUAAUAACUUGUGCACAACAAUGUAAUGUUUGUAACGCAGUGCUCUGUUUGGUAACCAAUUGGUACUGUCCACUUAUGUAUUAUUCAAAUUCGUUCCUACUAUUUUUUAGUGGAAAAAUGAUCCUACUAUGCGCUGAAACGGCCAUUUUAUUUGAA